UUGUUGUUGUUGCUACUUCUCUGGUAGCCGAAGUCUCAACUCAGUUUGCUACCGAGCGUUCGUCGGAUGAUAUUGCAAAGCAUCUGAGUCGCCGAGUCGCAGAGGUCUGAGCACUUUGCAGAACUGCUUAACAUCAGUCUUUAGUGAUAGCUCGCGCUUCUUGCUCGCACGCUCGAUCGCACGUCGCCGUCGUCGUUGCGUCGUCUUACGUCCCAGGGGUUACGUUGUUUUGGCCGCCGCUAAAAUCAGCAAAUGCAAAUUAAGCUGAAACAGGCACAUAAUUAAAUGGAAUAAAUAAAAAUAGUAAUUCUCAAAUAAUACCUGAAGAUCAGUCCACAAAAGUGUGCAUCGGUUCACCAUAAACAGCGGUAAAAAGCGGCAUACGAAAGCGGAAAAUAAAGAAAUACAGGGCAAGCGCGCGUGCGCAGCCAGGAGUGCCCUUACACAAAGGUGUGGUCACUCUAUAAAAAAACUUGCUGUUUUUUACAGAAAUCAUUCAAAAAUCGCAAAUAAAAUUAUAUUCAAAAUAAAACCUUAAAAUAAUGAUAUUAAAACCCACAAUAAACAAAAACUUUUUAUUUAAAUAAAGAAAUCAUAAUUAUGAAAAAUAUACCUACUUGUGAUAUAUACUACUGCUAAAAACAAAAACACAAACACACAGCAAAACCCAAAAGAUAUAUGUCUAGAUAUAUAUUAAACAUGCUUCACGCUCGCCUAAAGUUCUAAAAGUCAAGUGCGAUUUGAGCAAAAACAGCAACAACUCUAUACGCUCAAGUGACGUUUUAUUGGCGCAAGGUGAACAGAAAUAAUAGCAAGCAGAACAAAAACAACAACGGAAAAUACACGAAAAUACACAAACCUUAAAUGGAAAGUUCACAAUGUUAGGAAAAGCAAACCUUAAGUGCGCAACAAAAUAGAAACACUAAGCAAAUAAAUUGGAUUAACUUGAUCGGCUGAUCAGCCAGUAAAAGCAGAUUCUCCGUUUGAGCACAUUGAGUUCAGCAAUACCAGAUUACCAUAAUGAUGAAUCAGGAUAAUCCGUAUGCGAUGAAUCAGACGUGCAAGGUGUGUGGAGAGCCGGCGGCUGGAUUCCAUUUCGGAGCCUUCACAUGCGAGGGCUGCAAGUCCUUCUUCGGUCGGUCGUACAACAAUCUGUCGUCGAUAUCGGACUGCAAGAACAACGGCGAGUGCAUCAUCAACAAGAAGAACCGCACCGCCUGCAAGGCGUGUCGCCUGAAGAAGUGCCUCAUGGUGGGCAUGUCGAAGAGUGGAUCCCGCUAUGGUCGCCGCUCCAACUGGUUCAAGAUCCACUGCCUGCUGCAGGAGCAGCAGCAACAGGCGGUGGCAGCGAUGGCGGCGCACCACAACAGCCAACAGGCGGGUGGAGGGGGUUCCGGUGGCUCGGGCGGUGGGGGAGGUAUGCCCAACGGGGUCAAGGGCAUGUCGGGAGUGCCCCCGUCCUCGGCUGCGGCAGCCGCCCUGGGAAUGCUGGGUCAUCCGGGUGGCUAUCCGGGACUCUAUGCCGUCGCCAAUGCCGGUGGCUCGGUGCGGAGCAAGGAGGAGCUGAUGAUGCUGGGAUUGGAGAGCAGCGGGGAAUACGGAUCGCAUAAGCAUCCGGUGGUAGCCUCACCCUCGGUGAGUUCCCCGGACUCCCACAACUCUGACAGUUCCGUGGAGGUGAGUUCGGUGCGGGGAAAUCCCCUGCUCCAUUUGGGCGGAAAAUCCAGUUCGGGAGGAUCUUCGAGCGGUGCCGAUGGCAGUCAGUCGGGCGGAGGGGGAGUGGUGCCCGGCAGACCACCACAGAUGCGCAAGGACUUGUCGCCAUUCCUGCCGCUACCUUUCACAGGACUCACUUCCAUGCCCGUAAUGCCCCCACCUGCAUUUCUGCCGCCCUCGCACCUGCUCUUUCCCGGCUACCAUCCCGCCUUGUACUCGCACCACCAGGGUCUGCUGAAACCCACGCCGGAGCAACAACAAGCGGCGGUGGCUGCGGCGGCAGUGCAGCAUCUCUUCAAUUCGAGCGGAGCAGCCCAGCGAUUUGCCCCUGGCAAUUCACCAUUUGCCAACCACCAGCAGCACCACAAGGAAGAAGAGCAACCCGCACCACCCAGAAGUCCAAGUAACCACGCCAACAAUAACCACCUUCUCACAAACGGUGGUGCAGCCGAUGAGCUAACCAAACGUUUCUAUUUGGAUGCAGUGCUCAAAUCGCAACAGCAAAGUCCACCGCCGACAACAAAACUACCGCCACACUCCAAGCAGGAUUAUUCAAUUUCAGCUCUGGUCACACCGAAUUCGGAGAGUGGCCGGGAAAGAGUGAAAAGCCGGCAGAGUAAUGGCCAAAACGAAGAAGAUGACGAGGCGAGGGUGGAGGAAAUACUAGACAAUGCUGUAGAUGAUGAAGAAGAGGAGGAUCUGGUGGUCUCCAUGACGCCUCCUCACUCACCCGCUCAACAGGAAGCGGAAACCCCAGCCGCAGAGGAUCCAAAUCCCAGUCCCGGUCAAGAUAAUCCCAUUGAUCUGAGCAUGAAAACCACGGGAAGUUCGCUAAGCAGCAAGAGUAGUAGCCCUGAAAUCGAAACAGAGCCCGAGAUUACCAGCGAUCUAGAGAAAAACGAUACAGAGGACGAUGAUGAUGGUGAGGAUCUGAAAGUAACGCCUGAAGAGGAGAUUUCCGAUGAAGAGGAGGGGGCACGGGAGGAGGAGGACAACAGCACCACGGAGACAGUGAAGACCAGCAUUGAGAAGACCCACAACAACAACAACAGUAUCAGCAACAACAAUAACAAUAAUAAUAACAACAAUAGUAUCCUAAGCGAUAGCGAGGCCAGUGAAACGAUCAAAAGGAAACUAGACGAACUCAUAGAAGCCUCCAGUGAGAAUGGCAAACGUCUGAGGCUGGAAGCCCCCGUUAAGGUGGCCAUCUCGAAUGCCUUGGAUCUGACCACUAAGGUCUGAACACAUUUUCCAAAUGACAGUUAUCAGCCACCGGAGAUCGAUUGAGGCAAUAGAAAAUUGGCCCCCCGCUAAGACACCACCAAAAACACAAAGUAAACAAACAAAUACAAAAUAUGCGAAACAAUAAACGCAUGUGAGUUAUAUAAAUAAUACGAAACAUGAAAUGGACUCUUUGGGGGCAGAAAAGUUUGACUCUGAUUAACAAGCGCUAAAUACGAGUUCGUGCCGUUUUGGUUAGAUGUUAUCACAUCGUUUAAAACAACUAACCAAAUUGCCAAAAUAUGCAAAAGUCGAGCGGCCCCCGAUGAGGUAUUUGCAUAUUGGGACCGAAAAGUAUAACACAAAUGUUAUCUUUUUGAUAAUUUAUGCAGUGAAUUAUAAACAAAUUUCUCGGUCGUCUACAAAGCGGCAAGAAUACAAGUUCAGAAACCUAAAGUUAACACAAAAAUAAAUAAAAGAAAAGCUAAACAAAUGAUAAAAGAGAAGAAACUGUAGCAAAAUAUGCAAAAAGGGCAGCUUAUCUGUAUCGUGUAUGCAUAAUAUCGUAGUGGAAUUUGUAAUCUUUAAGUUUCGUUUUCUUCUAAGCUAUAAACCAUAUAAAAAGCUUAAUAUUAAAUGACUAGCUACUACUUAGACAUUUCCAAUCCCCCAAGAGUAUUUGUUAGUUUAAAAAACAUUAAUCGUUCUAUAGAAACACCGCUGGUAGACAAAUUUCGCGUAAGCCUACUCGUUUUGAGGUUCCCUCGAGUUAUUAGUCACAAUUAGCAAAUUUUAAAUGUACGAAUAUCCAUGAAUGUAAAUGUAAAGCAAAGCGCACAAAGUUGUAUAGCAAAUAGCAUAAAUUAUUAGUAUUAAUGUUGCAUAAGUAUUUUUCCUUUUCGUGUGAUGAUUUGGUAUGCAAAUCGGCCGAAAUGAUGAUCAAGAAAAUUAUUAUUGCUGUCACCACAAAUAAAUACAAA